CGACAUUCAUAGCGCGCCAAAGAAUGGCGGUUCAGGUACAUGGAUCAAUCGUUUUUUUCUGGACAGGCACUUUCUGUACAGUAUAAGGAUGGAUGCUUCCACUGUCCUGUCUGUCAUUUCCAGACAGAAUAUGAGUGCCAGGGAAAAGCACAUACAAUUGUGCAUUGUAAUAUAUUUUUGGACUAUAAAGGUUUCAGAAUAUACAAAUGCCACCAAAACUGCAGGGUGUCACCCCAUUUCCAUUGCCCAGGCUGUAAAGACACUAGGAUAAGGAGAAAAGAUUUCUUUAGUCAUUUAUCGUACUGCCCCGGCAGCGUCUCCACAUCGAGCCCCGGGAACAUCUCCACAUCGUGCCCCGGCAGCGUCUCCACAUCGAGCCCCGGCAGCGUCUCCACAUUGAUCCCCGGGAACGUCUCCACAUCGAGCCCCGGGAACGUCUCCACAUCGAGCCCCGGGAGCGUCUCCACAUUGAUCCCCGGGAACGUCUCCACAUCGAGCCCCGGGAACGUCUCCACAUCGUGCCCCAGCAGCGUCUCCACAUUGAUCCCCGGGAACGUCUCCACAUCGAGCCCUGGGAACGUCUCCACAUCGAAGCCCAGCAAUGUCUCCACACCAAGCCCUGCCUUUGUGAAGGACCAGCCUGGUAGUAUUCGUUGUGAGAAUAUGACCCAGCGCCCUGUUAGAGUUAAUAAAUUAAGCCAAACAAUUGUGGAGUGUCCACACUGCAAUAUGUCUUUGUACUUGAAAAAUCUGAAGCGCCAUAUGCAAAGAAGGCAUUCUUCAAAGUUCACAGACAUCACAAAAAAAUACCACUUACAGAGUCAGCCUAUAGACCCACAAUCAGGCAUUUAUGCAGUGGCAAAGGCAUUUCGUGGACCUCCCGUUCCUAUUCAUGUCAAGCAUAGCAUUCAAGGGCCAAAACAGCACAUUGAGUGUGAGCUUGAGGAGUGUUGCCUCUACUCUGAAUUUGCUGGUAGAAGUGGACACCAGACAUUUCGAUGUUGCCAUCAACGAUCACUGGAUUAUUGUUCUGUGCCUUCCAGUUAUUGUACUCUGGAAGAAAACACAUUGAAUGAAAUGGUGGCUGCACAUUGGUUUGGAGAAGAAAAAAAGCCAUGUGUUUAG